AUGAACGCUUCUCCCGAUGAAAGCGGUAGGAAUGUGGACUGGCCCUCGCCUCGUGCCGAACAAUUGCCCCGGUUUUUCGACCCCGAAAGUCCCGGGGGUGGAAUAAAUUGCAGUACCGACCUGUAUGUGCAGGCUAUUAUGCUUGGCAGUCGAUCCAAGGGAAAACAAGAGUACCAGAGGGAGAACCGGGACCAUGGUGAGGGAUGCAUACGGAAAUCGAUCGUAUUGUCAAACCCGUCGACAAUUGUGGUAGAAUACCUGCGAAAGUACGCAAGCCGGCGCAUGGGCGGGCGGAUACCCCUCAUCCCGCAAAAUAAGCUGGGCUGGCAGCAACAACAAUAACCACGGGAAACACAAAACACGACACGAUAACGGGUAACGGUUGGUAGGUAGGCAUGGACGAAGCACAAUAAAGUCCAGCUGAUACGAAUGGAGUUCAGCAUAAACCCCAUCGAGCCUGCCCUCAGCAAACCAAAACAGACCAAACCCCGGCCGCAAGUCGCAGCCUGGGCCAGUCAGACUCGGAGAGUGGGGCAGAAUCAUACCCGCCGCCCUGCACCGCCCUGUGCCAGCCAAAGUCGGUAGCAAUCAACCCAGCCCAGUGAGUGGCAGAAGCCCUGCUU